AUCAUCAAAUAAGGAAACGCAGCGCACCAAUACCUCAGCCAAAAUCAAAUAGCUCGAUGGGAGAAGCCUCUCGCACCACCGCCUCGACGGCCGCCGUCGACGAGCAUCUUCUGAAGAGCUUCUUCGCCGAAGUUAGCGAAGUCGAAAGGGAUAACGAAGUCCUCAGGAUCCUUUCUUGCUUCAAGUUAAAUCCAUUUGAGCAUCUAAACUUAUCGUUUGAUUCAUCUCCGGAUGACGUGAAAAAGCAGUAUCGUAAGCUAUCUUUACUGGUUCAUCCUGACAAAUGCAAGCAUCCGAAGGCCCAAGAAGCUUUUGGUGCAUUGGCCAAAGCCCAAGAGCUAUUACUUGAUCAGCAGGAAAGAGACUAUGUUCUCACCCAGGUACAAGCAGCCAAAGACGAACUUCGAGCGAAGAGGAGAAAGCAGAUGAAGAAAGAUGCUGCCAGCAAAGCAAAGUCGUUAGUCGAUGAGGGGAAAUACGAACAAGAAUUUGAGAGGUCAGAUGAGUUCCAGCAGCAGCUAAAACUGAAAGUUCGGGAAAUAUUGACGGACCAGGAGUGGAGGCGGCGAAAAAUGCAGAUGAGGAUAUCAGAAGAAGAAGGGAGAGUGAAGAAAGACGAGGAAGAGCAAAGAGAGAUGUGGAAGAGGAAACGAGAGCAUGAGGAGCAAUGGGAAGGAACUAGAGAAAAAAGGGUUUGUCUUGUGUCGAGCUGGAGAGAUUUCAUGAAGACGGGGAAAAAGGGUAAGAAGGGAGAGAUUCGCCCACCAAAGCUGAAGACAGAGGAUCCCAACAAAUCGUAUGUUCAGAGACCGGUGAAGAAAGGCUGAGGCGUGCUGAACCUGCCGAGUGAGGAAUUGACGAUGGCUGUCCUCUGCUGCUCGGACGGUGAAGAAAUAUGUACUUGUGUGUCACUUAAGCUAUAGGAAGGCCAUCCAUUCCUUAACGAUUUGAGCAGGCACUUUCAUCUUUUCUUUUCCUUGCCCUUCCGCUAUGCUCAACAGAGGUCAAUUCAAAAGGAUACCAAGGUGUAGUAAUGUAAUGCACUAAUUGUCAGACGUAUGAAAAGGUUGUUUGUGAAGUUUAUAGCCAGACCUCAAUAUCAGAACCUCUUGAGCUAUGUAAGUAGGCUGUGAAAACUGACCCAAAGAGUGACAUGUAUACCUUGAACCCUCAAUGAGAGAACUAAUGGAAGUCUUUGCGCUUUUUGUUUUUUUCUGGUGCGUUACUGCAAAGUUAUGAUUUGAAGUCAGAACA